AUGGACAUUUCCAACAUUAUUCGGAGUGUAUUCAUUCGGAUCUUCUUGGCUUUCCUUAUAUUGUCUGUCAUCAUGAAAGUUGUUAAGGAAAAAGUCAUUUUAUGGUUGUAUGGCCAAAAUGCUGAUUCAGGAAUGUCUGUAUUGACAAGAGGAUAUAUGAUCUCUGAUGUAUCAACUAAAAGAUUGAGAAACAGUUCUGUGAUAACUAGCUUUCAGCCGUCUAGCAGUAAUAUGUGUGGUGAUCCAAUUCGAGUAACUGUUUCUAGCAUUAAAGCUGUCGAGCUUUGUGUCUUGCGUGAUGUUUCAUUGUCUUCUUUCCAUGCCAUAUUGACUAGUGACCACAAAAACCUUAGAGAUUAUAUUGUUACUAAUGCUACCGAAAGACAUACUGUAAAACCUGGAAGUCAAGACAUAUUCAUACAAGCGAACGUUCAGUCUUGCCCUGAUCAUUCGAAACGAGAUAAAUAUUCGAUUGUUAUUGGUAUACUUUCAAGUACUCCAGAUUCACUAGAUGAGGAAAUAAAUAUCACAUGCUACAUCAUUCAUGUAAAGAUUCGAGAAGAAGAACAUGUGAAUACAAGUAUCAUGUAUACAUAUUGGAAAACUAAUUGGAAUCGUCUUUUGACUCCACAGAUUCUUUAUGAUGCUUGUGAAAAUAUGAAUACAAUUGAUGAAACUAUUAAUUUAUCAUUGACGAAAUCAAUUCCAUCUUAUAUAAAUAAUGAUAAAUUUAAUGCAAUAUGGAAACCAUGUUGUUUUAUAUGUCUUUCAUUAGAAACUAUAUCUAAUCUACGUGUAUUAUUACCAUGUCGACAUGCAGUAAUUUGUUCAAAUUGUUUUAAAUCAUUAUAUAAAUCAACAAUAUUUACAGUAAAUUAUCAUUUAAUUGGAUUUAUUACAUGUCCAAUAUGUCGUACACCUAUUCAUUCAACAUUAUUAUUACCUAAACUAAAUGAUAUAAAUGAAUUCAAUAAUGAGAAUACUAAUAACUUGUGA